UGAUGGAGGUUCCGGUUCCGACCAGGACGAGGACCAGGGCACCGAGGGGAGCCGCGUCUCUGUCCGUCGGACACCGGCUCGUCUUAACGGACACACCGAAGAAGGUUCCUCCGUCUGUUUACACCCUGGAGACGUUACGUUCCACAGAGGAAUGCCUCGCCAACACCAGUGAUGUCCACCCGCCGCGAAUCCUGGAACUACUUGACGUUACCACUCACCGCAAGUUGUCAUCGGUGGACGUGGACCGGGCUCUUUUCCAACCUUUUCCGUCCAGACUUGUCUUCCAGAACUUCAGUCCCGGACAGACCUACAGGCUACCUCUGGAGCUCUUCAACCACGACAAGGUUUCCCGGGCGGUGAGGCUGGAGCCGGACGACUCGCAGUAUUUCCACGCCGUUUGUUCGGACGAUGGAAGUCAAACAGUCGCACCAGGACUGAGAGCAACGUUCAGUGUUGUCUUCAGCCCUCAGGAAAACAAGGACUACCACCACCGGCUGGUGUUCGUGACUGAGAGGGAGCGCUUCGAGGUCCCCGUGGUCGCCAUUGGGCCUCGGGCCGUCCUCGACUUCCGUGACCAGCUGGUUUUACCCACGUGCCCUGUGAAGGCGACCACGGAGACGACACAGCUUGUACGAAACAUCGGAAACAGCCAAGCCCGGUUCAAGCUCCGAACAAACAGACCUUUCUCUGUAGCGCCGUCGUCUGGGAGUCUGGAUGUGGGCGACAGCGUCCAGGUGACUGUGACCUUUAACCCCAUGAACGUAGGAAACCACAGGCAAGACCUGAUACUGCACUACCACACAGGUGAAGAUGUCUACAUCAGCGUGUCAGGAACCUGCCAAGAACUCGACAUCCACCUCAGCUCGGACUCCGUGGCGCUGAAGAGGACUUACAUCACGUUGACCAGCGUCCAAACGGUGUCCCUCACCAACACCAGCCAAAUCCCUCUUCGGUACAUCUGGACGCCAUGGCCCAGACCCACAGACCAGGAGGCCAUCGUACUCAGGGACAGCUCUGAAGAAGAAGCAGCCAAGAGGGAGUGUCGCCCGGCCGCCGUCCGUUGCCUCCCGCUGCCGUUGCCGCCUCCAGCCCCUCGGGACGAUAGACGCCAGACAUGGAAGGACGACCUGGACGCCCUGUCAGACGGCUGCAUAACAGCGGAACCAAUGGAGGGUGAAAUAUGGCCUAAUCUGACGGCGCAGUUCCACAUUGUGUUCAAGCCAGAGGAGGCGAAACUUUAUCAACAAACCAUAUACUGUGACAUCACAGGGCGUGAGUCUGGGUUACCUCUGACCAUCGAAGGCGAGGGUGUGGGACCGAAUGUUGAACUCAACUACAGUCUGUGGGACAUGGAAAACGUUGUCAUUAAUGACAAACUCUGCUAUGAGGUGCUGGUGUCCAACAGAGGACUGAUCAACGCUCCUUUCAGCCUGUUAAGCCCCAACACCGCGUUCGGAUGCUGUUUCUCUUUCAGUCCAGAGGAGGGCGUUGUUCCUGCUGGCGAGCACCGCAUUGUGAAAGUUACCUUCCACAGUCGCGUCUUUGGAAGUUUCUCUGAGGACCUUCAGCUGAGAGUCGAAGGGAAGCCUGAACCGCUCACCUUAACCUUCAGGGGUUGUGUCACUGGUCCUUCUUUACACUUUGAUGUUUCAGAGCUCAGCUUUGGAGACGUAGCUUUCGGUUUUCCCCAGACGUCCGUUUGUACGCUCUUCAACACGUCUCUGGUGCCCGUAAACUUUUCCCUUCGGGUUCUGGGAGAUGGAGUGGGACCUCCCAGCAUCACCUGUGUUAAACAGGUUCAUGAGGCGUUCAGGGACCAGUGGCAUGGCAGCACUGCUCGAGACGUUCAUUCUCAGCCUGUGGAGUUCACCGUCAGUCCUGCUACAGGCUCGGUGGACCUCAUGUCAUCUGAAGACAUUAAGGUGACACUGUGCUCCAACACAGUGAAGAGAUACAGGCUGACGUUGGCGGUGGAUGUGGAAGGUGUCGGGAAGGAGGUUUUGACUCUGCCCAUCAGUGCCAGGUGUGUCGUGCCAGAUGUUGUGGUGGAAACUCCACUGUUGGACUUUCAACGGUGUUUCCUCGAUCACCGCUACGAACACAAAGUGCGUGUGACCAACACCAGCCCUGUCGGCGCCUGUUACGGUGUGAUCGGACAGGAAUACGAGGAGAGUCCGUCAGUACUUUUUGGCAGUUCCAAACCCAGAGGAGUAAUGCACCCUCACAGUUCUGAGGACAUUCCGGUGUAUCUGCUCGCUAAGGCUGUUGGACGGCAGCAUCACACCCUUCGCAUCGCCGUGUUUGGCAGCUCCCAUCCACCUCUGGAGGUGUCCUUGACAUGUUUUGGGCAGGGACCAGUUGUGCACAUUCAGAAAACACAGCUGGACUUUGGAAAAAUCCCUGUGUUGAAGGACACCGUUAAAACUCUGCAGCUGCUGAACCAGUCGCCUAUACCGGCCCACUUUUCUACUCGGAUGAGCCAUAAAAAGUCCUUUUGGCGCGUUGAGCCCAGUGAAGGGGAGGUGCCAUCCGAGGCCCAACUGGAGCUCCGGGUGGUGGCCUACUUCAAGGACACCACCCAGUGUGAGGACACGCUGGAAGUGUCCAUCCAGGACGGUCAAACCCACACCGUGGCCCUGAGCGCCAGAGGGACCGGAACCACGAUCGUCAGCGACCGGCCUUUAGCCCCGACCCUUGACCUCGGAACACACUUCAGUCAUGAUCCAUACCAGUACCCCUUCACCCUGACCAACCUGGGCCAGAGGACCCACCGCCUGUACUGGGGCACCGAUGGCUUCUCUCCUUCAGACAAAGCCCAUGUGAGGAAGAGCCCAUUGAGUCGGACCUCCCUGCCCCCCAUCUCUGUUCCCAUGAAGAAGACCGCCGUGGUCUCUGGCCCCUGGGCGUCUCCUCCCAGGAGGAAGCCAGUGUUCAGCAUCAGCCCCCCCCGGGUGGAGCUUUACCCAGGAUGCUCAGUCGACAUGAUGCUCAGCGGAUUUUCAGACUCAUCCGAGGUGGUACGGGAGCGCCUGGAGUGUCGGGGUAUCGUGGGCAACCAGGGCUGCUGUGAACACAUCAUGUCUGUAGAUGUGACCUGUCGAUUUGUGGCGCCCAUGAUUAGCAUCGAGCCCAAGCAGCUGAACUUCUACAUAGACAAGAUUCCAGGAACUAGUCCCACGCCCUUAUAUGAGAAGCUGGUGUUGAAGAACAUCUCAACCCUGACCGUAUCCAUGGAGAUGUAUGUCAUGGUGCCGUUCUCUGUAUGUGACACUCCUGGAGUCUAUAGCUCAUCUACGUCCAAGUCCAUGGUUUUAGGCGGUGGGAAGCAGGCUGAGCUGUGGAUCUGCUUUAAUCCAGCAUUUUGUCAGGAUCGGGUGUCACGAGUGGUUCAUGAGUUCCUGGAGGUUCGCUAUCAUGGACAUCCACACCAGGACAUGGUGGAGCUGCAUGCCGAGGUCCACUUCCCCAACCUGCACUUCUCCACCGACUCAGUGGAUUUUGGUUGUGUACUGAACUGCACCGAGACUCAAAGGGAAAUCACAGUAACCAACUGCUCGCCGUUGCCUGUAUCCUACCGCUGGACGUUUUUAAUGGAGCAGAAACACAGAGAGACCGAGGCCCGUGAACUAUUGCUGGAGGAGAUGCAAACUAAUCUGGUAAAUGAAGAAGACAGGGGUUCGCUGUCUCCUGCGUCCUCAGCUCCUUUCAGUCCUUCGCUUGAACCACACGAACAGAGCUUCACUCAUUCCACUGUACAUGUGGAAGAGAUGUUUGAUGUCCUGCCCAUCUAUGGUCGUCUCCAACCUGGGGAGCAGCAGCCAAUCACAUUCUCCUUCUACGGCCACAGCUACGUGAGCAGAGAGGUGGUCGCUCAGUGCCACGUGGAGGAGGGGCCUACGUACGAGGUCAAACUCCGAGGAGAAGCAUCAGAACUCACCUACGGUCUUGACUUGACCCACGUGGACUUUGGUCAGCAGUUGUUUGAUCAUGUAGCGGAGGCCGAGCUGACCUUGAAAAACACUGGGAAGGUCGGCUUCGAGUUCAUCAUCCUACACCAGGAAACAGAGGUGAGAUGUGUGGAGAGGGGAAGGAUGAAGGAUGAGGAGGAGGAGGAGGAGGAGCAGAUGAGUUCAAGUCAACCAACAGGUGGAGAGCAGAUGGAGAUGGUAGAGGUCAAACCUGGCCAACCUGUGGUCAUUCCCACCAAGGGUCAUGUGGACGCCGGUGCAGAGAAAAGCCUCCGUGUGCUCUACCUUCCCGGCGUCCCUGAGGCGUUUGAGAGGCGGUUUCAGCUGCAGGUGGCCCACCUCCCACCGCAGGACAUCACUCUGACUGGGGAGGGGGUUUUCCCAAGGAUCAGCCUCAACUUACCACGAGACCUCUCAUUGGACUGCUAUAGAGAUGUGGUGCAACGGGCCACGGCAACCAUGGAGGCUCAUCAGGACCGAGAAGACCCGAUAGAUGGGACUAAAGCUGGUGGAGGGGCACCAACAGAGGCCAGCUGCAUUCUUACAUAUGAAGACCUGCUUCAGAUGGAGAUUGAGAGAAUGCUGGUUAAAGAAUAUGCUGGCGGCCUGCAGGAGAUUCAAGACGCCAGAAAACAGUGGAAACUCAGCAAGUUCCUCCUCCCAGACUACGUUCUGGAUUUUGGUUUUGUGAUUCCUGGUCAAGUCCUGAGCCACACCGUAAAUGUCGUCAACACCGGGUGCGUGGCCGUGUCCUUCAGCGCCAAUCGAACACCUCUACCUGGCACAGGUUUCAGUGCAGAGUUGGACAGAGUUAAGAAACUGCCUUGCGGGGAAACACACACUUUCACGGUGACGUUCGAUCCUCGCCGAGCCGACGUGCAGAUGGGCGACGUAAGCGUGGUCAUGCCCAUACAGGUCCGGGGGGGCCCGGUGGUCCCGGUCCGGCUGUGUGCGGUGGUCACGGUGCCAGGCAUCACCCUUUCCACAGAUGAGGUGGAGUUUGACACAGUGCAGCGUGGAAUGUGUCAGAUGAAGACGAUACAGCUGUUCAACCACGAGUCCGUUCCCUGCCACUGGAGCAUCGCUGAGAAGUUGAAGCCUCUCAAAAAGGUGGAUAAGUUCCUUCCUCUAUACCAGCGUAAGAAGCUCCUUCAGGACCAACGUCCAUCUCCAGCGGUGUUCGAGGCAGUUCCGUCGUCCGGCGUGACGCUCCCUGGUCAACGGGUCAAUGUCCACAUCAAAUUCAGCCCCGUAGAGGAGCAUCUGUACAACAGGAAGCUGGCGGUCUACGUGGCAGACAGUGCCCAGCAGCUGUCCAUCACGGUCCGGGGUCAGGGGGCGGAGCCUCAGCUGGAGUUCUGUCCGGCGGCGUUGGACCUGGGGCCGAGUCUACCGUCCAGCACCGAGGUGGAAGCCAAGGUCAGCGUUAAGAACCCGUGUUCGUUCCCCAUCGAGUUUUACUGCCUGGAGCUGGACUCGCAGUACCUCGAAGAAGAGAAGAUUCUGCGUCUGAUGCAGGGUUACCAUGACAACGGCGUGCUGCUGCUCCCCCCCAGGACUCCCGGACAAAGUCUGCCCUCUGAGCUGCUGGACUUCUGCAGGGACCAGCGCCCCCUUGUGGAAGGUGACGUAGAGGACGGUGAAGAAGGCAAAGCAGAGGAAGAACCAACCACGUCUGUGGGACCAGUGGAAUUAUUGGUAUCAGACUUGACCGCAGAGGGAAUGGCUGAACGACUGCGACAAAUGGAGGCAGACCCCGUGUUCAGAGCCAUCGCCCGCCACAUGGGCGUCGACCUGAGCACCGAUGGUCUGGCAGCGCUCAACCGCAAAGGCAUCGGUGUCGUCGUCUACGGAGCCCCGAACACAGAUACGAGCAGCGCAGCGGCUGUUCUGUCACGGUACUAUGGAGCGGCGUUCCUCAGGGUCGACGCGGUGGUUACAGAGGCGCUCUUAAGGGGAACUUCCCCCGUUAGUUUGACUGCCAGGCAGCUGUUGGACGUCGCUGCUGCCGCGUACGCCCAGAAAAAGACGGAUGACGCAGCUCCGACGGGGGGAGGAGGGACAACUCCAAGAGCUGAAGCUCCGCCUGAAGUCUUGGCUCUGCCUCCAAACCCGCCCCUGGCUUCACCCCCCAGUGAAAUCAUGCAAACUGCCCUUCAACUGGGCGUAGAUUCGGCGUCUCUGCGGACUCUCCUGCCAGAGCAGCUGCUGGUCCACGUCCUGGCUGAAAGGCUGCAGUCCAGGGACUGUCGCAGCGGCGCCGUGGUCGAAGGCCUGGAGUCGCUUUACACAUCAUCGCCGUCCAAGACACUGCAGGUCAUCCUCAAAGCCUUCGACGACCGCAAACACGUGUACGUGGUCGACGUGUCCGACUCGUACGACGCAAUGAAGGCGCGACAGACGGCGAAGAGAGAAGAGGAAGAGGUUUUGAAGAGAAAGAUGGACGAGGAGGAGGAGCAGUGGCUGCAGGAGUUGGACGAGGAUGAGUAUGAUGCUCUGCCAGAGGAGAUGAAGGAGCGGCUUAACCAGCGGCGCAAACUGAGACUGAAGAAAAGAGAUCUCAAACGGAUGGAGAAAGAGCAGGAGGAACUAAGGCAACAGGAGGUGAAAAGGCUUCAAGACGAAGAGUUGAAGAGGAGGAGUAAAAAGGACGCAAAGAAGGAAACCAAAGACGUGACGAAGAAGAAGAACUUACUGGAAGGAAAGCAGUCAACGGAACCACUGGACGGACGUAGAAGGUCUUCCAUUAAAAACUCUAAAGAGUCACUAGUGGACGCAAAAGACCAAAAUAACUCAAUGGAAGCUGCAGACGACUCGCAACAUAACAAAGAUGAUUCUCACAACGAGGCCGAAGUAACUCAAAGUCCAAACCUGGUUGAGACAGAAAAGUCUGUUGUGGACGAGCUUCAGUCUCAAUUCAGUGCUUAUGAACGGAGUCGGGUCGAGGUGGACCACAUCCUGCGGCACUGGGACCGGACCCGGGGCUUGUUGCUGGUCCCCCUCCCCAGCGAAGACCCCCCACCAGUCCCAGAGACUCCAGUCGGCAAGAGGAGCAAAAAAGCCACGGCCAAAGUCUUGUCUCCCAUACCGAGUCAGACGGUUCUCCAGGCAGAGGCUGACGUAGAAACCACCAAGGCGCUUCAAGCAGCCGCCGUUCCUCACAUCGCACUGAAGCGAACAGAAGAAGACGCCCCAAACGCCGUGGAGCUCCUCAUAGGCGCCGCUCUGCCUCGGCUGGAUGAAGUGUUGGACGAGCUGGGGUCGGGACCCAGCGGCCCCCCCAUCCCCCCACCUGUCACCUUCUCCAUGGUCCCCUUCCCCAAAAGCAGGUCCAUCGGUCCACCGGCCUCAGAUCGAUUCACCUUCCUGCUUCCAUCAGAGCAAGAAGAUCAGGGCGACGACAAGGAUGAAAGCGUAGCAGUGAAGGUGGAGGUAGCGAAAGACAAAGAUAAAAAGGGCAGAGAAAGUCAGAGGAGCAAGAGGCGAGCUUCAGCUAAGACUAAAGCCAAGGCCUCGGACCGACCCCGAUCUCCUGCAUCGGUCGCUGAUGGCACCGCGGCAGAACCAGACCAACGCCAAGGAAAUGUGGAGCUGAAACGCAGCCAGAGUGUGACAACAUUCCGAUGGGUGGUCCCAGCCAACAGUGAGGUGGUCCUAAAGAUCUGGUUCUACUCAGACGCCCCAGGGACGUUUGAGCAGAUGUUCAGCUUUGAACUGUUGGGGACGCAGAGACUCUACCAGCUGGCCUGUAAAGCCACCAGCUCCUAUCCAAGCAUCUGCAAAGAACACAGGACUCUAUUUGCUCACAGUAAGAAGGUUCCGCAUGUAGAAGACGUCCACCACAGAGCCUAUGUCAUAAACCCUGGAUUCUUUGAGUUUGGACCUUUACUCUGCAGCAAAACCAGAGACAGAUACAAGGAAAACAAGUAUCCAGAGAAUACGGAGAGGCUCGUGAUCCACAACGUUUCAGGUCUAGAGGCCGACAUCCAGUUCCGGUUUCAGCACGACACCCAGGCCACCACAUAUCUGCUCGACCCCCCCACGAUGACUCUGAAACCGGACCAGAAGCAGGAGUUGACGGUGUGGGCCUACCCAACCAAACUGGGACAAAUCAAGGACAGCGUAGUGUGCUGCGUCAAGGACAACCCCGAGCCCGUCGUCGUCCACCUGUCCUGCUGGGGCGUCCGUCCAGAGCUGGAUCUGGACAGUAAGCACCUGGCCUUCGAUCGGAUUCUAGUGCACAGGAGGGACAGCCGAACCGUGAACCUUCACAAUAAGACGGCUCUCCCAGUUUCCUGGAGGCUGCAGGGUGUGGAGGAGCUGGGCGAUGGCUUCAGCGUUCCACAGGACCACGGCGUCGUCCCGCCCAAUUCCUGUUUCCCUCUGAGUUUGCACUUCAGGGCCAAGAGACCACUGCACAUCAAGAGGAUCAUACGUAUGGAGGUCUCGGACGUUGAGAAGAUUCUGGGCGUCGUACACACAGAAAAUAUUCACGUCUCAGCUGAAGCCUAUGAUAUCGCUCUGGAUAUCACACCAGGCCUGGACUUUGGAACCAUUCGAGUCUUUGAAGAGGCCAAGCUGCCCCUCAAGAUGAAAAACCAAGGAAAAUACGAAAUAGCUUACAAGUUCACGCUGAAGCAGAUCGGCCCGACCCAGCCAAACCUCGACUCCCUGCUCAGCGUGGCGCCCCCGAGUGGCAGCGUGAUGCCCGGCGACAGGCACAUGGCGGUCCACGUCCUCUGCAGACCCAAGAGGGAAGUGGUCCUCAGGGAACAACCCGUCCUGCUUUGCCAGGUGAUUGAACCCAGGUUUGGGAGUGGAGAAGAAACCAUCGCUAUCAUACCCAUCACUGUUUCGGUCCAGUCCGUCUUCUCCAGGUACAAGAUCACACCAGCAUCUGAACUGGACUUCGGUCCACUGGUCUACGGCUGCAAGAAAAGCCAGAGCUUCAGUAUUGAGAACACAGGAGUGUUUGAGACCCGCUUCGCCAUCUUCCCCAUGAGCACAGACCCAGUCCCAGCCGCAAGACCAGGAGCUUUAGGUCAGAGUAAGAAGGGACCUCCGAACCAGUUGGUCAAACCAGCCGGCGCCGGCAGCAAACUGAGAGCCGACUCCUUCCACCGAGACAUGGGCACCACCCAGAAUCGCAUCACCACGGGGGUCUUCUCAGUGUUUCCCUGUACCGGGGUCUUGCAGCCGGGGUCUCAGCAGGUGGUGACGGUCGACUGUGUAGGUGAACAGGUAGGAGGAUGGAAACAGGGGUUGUUGAUCGACGUCAGCGACCGCGACCCUUCGGACCAACCGGAGGGGAUGUCGUACAGACUGAUGGCUGAAGUCUACAGGCCAGGCAUAGUGUCUGACGUAAACUCGGUCUUUGAGGAGUACUACCUGUGCCACGACAGCAGCCAGCUCUCCUCUGAGCAGUUUUCCAACGCUGACGGCAUUUACAUCAUCGACGAGAACAAGUUUGUUUUCAACAAAGUGCUGGUGGGGCGAACCGCCAAAGCCCGCUUCAAACUGAAAAACAGCAGCAAGGUGCCGUGUACGCUGAGUCUGGCCAUCAAACAUGUCGGAGCGAAGAUUUCCCCUCAUGUGGACAUGUUUUCUUUGUCCUCUCCGACUGUGUGCGUACCCGGACAGUCUCAGGCCUUUGCUGUGGUCAGCUUCACACCACAGGCCGUUCAGUUCUACAGCGCUGCGUUCGAGGCCACACUGGAGGGAACCAGCAGAAUGACUCCCACGUUCAAGAGCAAGGUGCUGGAGUUUGAGCUGACGGGGGAAGCGACUCUACCCAGCGUUUGCGUGGUGCGUCCAGUUGUGAAGGAUGGCGGAGGAAGCCCGGCGCUUCAGUUCAGGCGUGUUCUGGUUGGACGGAGGCGAACGCUGCCCCUCGUUCUGCUAAAUGAUGGAGUCGUUCCGGCUCAGGUCCAGGUGGACAUGUUGGAUAAACAGGGAGUGUUCACCCUCAAAGCUGCGCCUGGAAAUGAUUUCAGUUCCAUCACCACCACAGAGCUCCAGAGCACCACUGAUCCAGGGCACCAGCUGGUCCACAGAGCCACCGCCAGGCUAAACGUCAACGAACAGAUCGAGUUUGAGGUCGGCUUCUGCUCUGACGUUCCCCAGAGCAUCGAGGCCAAGAUGACUCUGCAGGUGGAGGACAACGUCUACAACAACACCGUCAUACCGGUGACCGCAGAGGCGUAUCAAGAAACCGUCUCUUUGGACAACAUUGGAAGGUCAUGGGCAACGGAUCGGCCAGAGGACGAUGACGAUAAUUAUGAAGUCAUGGAUUUCGGAGACUGCCACAUGGGUCGGCUCUACCAGGAGAGUCUGACUAUGACCAACCACAGUGAGGGCCGAGUGGUGAGGUUCGAAUGGCCUCCUGCUGGACCUCAGCUCUCCUUUUCACCACAGGUGGGUCACCUCCACGCUGGAUGUUCGAAGGAGGUGACCAUCACCUUCUGCUCCAAUCAGCCGCUGAGUCUGAACCGUCAGUCCGUGAAAUGCAGGGUAUGCGAGGUGGACCUGGAUCAGCCGGCGGACCAGGUGUCGGACUGGGACGACCGACAGAAAACGGUGCAUUGGCCGAACGCCCGCAAACCUGCGCCAGCACCACCGCUACAACCACCAGCCGGGAACAAGGUGCAGGUGGUAAAGGCAGAUCCGGAGCCCGGCUGCUCAGUGGUUGACGGUUCACUUCGGGAUCUGGAAUUAUUCAUUAGUGCAGUUUGUGACCAUGUAAAGUUCAGCUGCAGCGCCGACCCCAUCCACUUCAGGGACACCAUGCUUUACCAAACCAGCCUCCACCAACUGCAGAUGGUCAACGAGGGUGACGUGACACUGGAGUUCUCCUGGGACGUCCUGAUGGAUACCGACAUCAACAUCAGCUGUGACCGAGCAGCCGAGGAGGAGGCCAAGGGGAACCCAGAGGCCCCGGCCUUUAAUGUGGAGCCCAGGGUCGGGACCAUAGAUCCUGGAUCUGAACAGGACUUCACUGUCAGCUUUUCACCUUUGGAGGUCGCUCAGUUUGAGGGCAGGCUCAUCUGCAGCAUCCCGAACCUGCAGGACGGCGUUCAUCCUCCCUGUAUCCCGGUUCACGGUCGUUGCCUGCUGCCGCAUUGUCAUUUUGAGCUCGACGACUCGGACUACAUCAGCGGGGGGCGCCGCAACCCCGACUUCAGGAGCCUCGUCAACCCCAACACCAGGGUUGUUGAGUUCCACGCUGUCGGCUUCUCUGCACCAACAACGAGAUGUUUUUUUGUGGUGAACCCAACGAGUAAACCGUUGUCAUUCAAGUGGAAAUGUGAAGAUCAAGCCAGUCGAUCAUUCCGCUGCCUCACCCCAAGUGGAACCAUCCAACCAAAGAAGAAGAUGGAGGUGUGUUUAGAGUAUGAGGCGGAGCAGGUGGAGGUGCUGGAGUCAUCGUGGAGCUUUGUGGUGGAGACUCCGUCACUGUCUGUUCCCUUCUUGUUCGUGGGCGUCACCAGAGAACCACUGGUGUAUCUGGACAGAGCGCACCUCGACUUUGGAGAAUUACCUGUUGGUGCGAAGGCGCAGCAGACGGUCACCGUGGUCAAUGCAGAGGAUGUGCCCUUCCACUUGUCCGUCCUCCCGUCCUCUGUCCUCUGUGAAGACCAUCUGUCCAGGCUGACGUUGGAGCCAAUGACUGGAUCAGUGGGACCCAAAGGAAGGUUAACGGUGUCGGUGUCCUUCAAACCGCGCUGCGAAGGCUACGUGAACUUCAGAACGUUAGUGAAAGUCAAGGGGAAGUCCGAACCGCUCGCGCUGACCGCUAAGGCCGACUGCGUUACCAUGACAACCUCGGUUCACAUCCAAGAGCCCGGCGGCGGCUACAGGGAGGUCAGCCCGGACCGGCCGGACUCGGUGGACUUUGGGAAGGUGGGAAUAUCAGAACAAUACAGCUUUAACUUCCUGGUGUCCAACCUAUCACGACUGAGCCAGGACGUGACCUUUAACCUGGUGGGUCCUCAUCACCUGCUGCAGCAUUUGGAGACAACGCCACAAAGUGCCACUGUCGAACCUGGGAAAGAACUGCACUCAGCUCUACUGUUCAGUCCUCAGAACGUUUGCAACCUUCAGGAUGUCAGACUGAGCAUCAAGGUAAAACACGGGCCGACGUUCACCUGCGAGGUCAGAGGCAGGGCUGUGGCCGCUCACCUGGAGUUCUCCUUCAUCACACACAACUUUGGAAAGUGUUACCUGUUCAGCCCCGACAUAAGCCCCGCCUCCGAGACGCUGGUGAUCAGCAACAAAGGCAAAAGGGACAUCAGUGUGGAGUGUCAGUUCAGGAACACCUCUGACCUGGAGAUUGACUUUAAACCGGACAUUCUGUCCCCUGGAGCCGACAUGAACGUACCGGUCACCUUCUGUCCCCAUGAGGCGCGGCGCUACGACGAGACGCUGACCUUCAUCCUCAACAACUGUGUCAAAAGACAGGUUCGCCUCAUGGGUCAGGGCGUCAAGAUGAAGGGUGUGGAGGUGGAGUUGGACCAGAACCACUUGGCCUUUGGAGCUGUGGUCCAACACUGCCGGUCCAGUAAGAGGGUAGUCCUGAUCAACACUGGAGACGUCGGCGCCAGGUUCCACUGGAAAAAGGAGAACUUUCCUCCGGACUUGUCGGUGUCUCCAGCUGAUGGCUACAUCUGCCCGGGCGCCGAGCUUCCGUGCGACGUGUCCUUUGCGCCCGUGAAGCUGCGUAAUCACAUCAGGUCUGACAGCUUGUGUUGCUUCGUUGAGGGGGUGUCGUCCUCCGUCGUCCUCACGGUGACUGGCGCCUGCAUCGGAACUUCUACCAGUAAAGAGGUUGUGUCUUUUGUGUGUCCGGUGCGUGGCUCUCACACUCAGACGCUGACUGUGUCCAACCCGUCCAACCAGCCGUGCAGCGUCACGCCCGUCACCGAGGGGGACCAGUGGAGUCCAGCAGGACCCAUACACCUGGAGGCCCUCCAGAGCAAGGCGUACCAGAUCACCUACCGACCCCUCAGCAUGACCGCCGACGGAAACAAACACCUGGGGUCAGUGUUUGUGUCGUUCCCUGACGGAUCGGGCGUCCUUUACCUGCUCCAGGGAACCGCUGAAGCUCCGAAGGCCGAGGGCGCCGUCGUACACGAGCUGCCGGCCAAGACUGAGCACACAGAACUGCUCUGCGUCAACAACUGGCUCCCCAGGCAACAGCGGUUCCACGUUCUCAUCGAGGUCCUUAAACCUGAUAAACCAGACCCCACCGUGUCCCUGAAGGGUCCAGAGUUCAUCGACGUCCCUGCGUCGGCCAAGAAACACUACAGGAUGUGUUUUUACGCUCUGAGGGAGGGGACGUACAGCGCCAAGGUCACGUUCCGUAACGACACGUCUGGGGAGUAUCUGUUCUACCUCGUCACCUUCAAGGCCACGUCUCCACGGGUUCUGUCCACUGUGGAGCUGCUGACGGCUGUCCGGCGGACGGCCACCGGCGCCGUAGAGGUGGAGAACCCCCUCAGCAGCGCCGUCUGCCUUUCCACUGAGUGCAAAUGCCCCGACAUCAGCGCCGAACCUCAGCACACGGUGCCGGCACAGUCCAAGGUCGGACUGAACUUCGAGUAUCUGCCGCUGCAUGUGGGCGUGUCCACGGCCCGGCUGACCCUCUGCAGUAACGAGCUGGGCUCCUUCCACUACGACCUGCACCUGACCGCUCUGGACCCAGCCCCAGAGAAAACCGUCCACUUCAACACGUCUCUGGGCAGCAGCCACUCCGUCCUCGUCAAGUUCACCAACUUUUCUCGUGUUCGGACCGACUAUUCCUGCAAGACGGACCGUCCAGACUUCACUGUGGACAGAAGUGUCACUGCAGGACCAGGUUUCCACGCCGGUUCUGAGGCCGGGGUGGAGGUUUGCUUCGAACCUCACCAGCAGGGGGAGGUGACGGCCCAGCUGACUCUGUCCUCAGCGGUCGGGGGCGAAUAUGUCUUCCCGUUACGCGGGAUCUGCCGCCCCCCCAAAGCCCAGGGCCCGUUCAACAUCAGGGACGGCCGCCACGUGUCCGUCCCCUUCAAGAACGUCUUCCUGCACACCGCCACGUUUUCUUAUCAGGUCGACAACCCCUGUUUCACCGUCAAAGGGGUGGACAGCCUUCCAUCCAAAAAGACUCACAGCGUUCAGGUGUCCUUCAAGGCUCCUCAAGGACACUUUCCAGGGCCGUGGUUCGGCAAGGCCACCAUCUCCAGCCAGGGCCACGGCAAGCCUCUGUCCUGGGUUUUUUACCUGAAAGGAUACCGUCCUGAGUCCCCUUAAAGCCACGGUG